UACGGAAGUCGAAGUGUGCUUUUUUUGUAAAGCCGGGAUGUAAAUGUUAUUUUUUGUAAAGCUCUUCAUGGAAGUAACCGAGCCUCGUAUUUAUUGCAGGGACUGUAUUUGGAGCAUAGAAUCAAGCUCAUGUGCUGACCCAAAUUUAGCUUGCAAUUAUAACUUGCAGGCUAAUGUAGUGUGUUGCAACUAGCUACAUUGGCAUGCUUUUGAAUGUGAGAUUAGUUUGUUAGUUAGCUGAAAAUGCCGUCGGCUGGAUCAGUGGUGACGCUAUGCUGUGCUCUCAGUUUAAUUUUACACAUUGUCCACACGGAUGCAAAAGAUUUAAGAGAUUCAUGUUCGACUUGCAGACAGAUCACAGACAACUUCAGCAAGGGGUUCGACAGAACAACCAAGAAAAACUUUGGAGGUGGAAACACCGCAUGGGAGGAGAGGAAACUGUCCAAGUAUGAGACCAGUGAGAUUCGCCUGGUGGAGAUUUUGGAGGGCCUCUGCGACAGCAGCAACUUUGAGUGCAAUCACAUGGUGGAGGAACACGAAGAGGAGUUUGAAACCUGGUGGUUCAAGAGGAAAACAAAGUACCCUGACCUAUUUAAAUGGUUCUGCAUCGAUACCAUCCAAGUGUGCUGUCCCAAAGGAACGUUUGGCCCUGACUGCAAUGCCUGCGUAGGGGGUUCUGAAAGACCCUGCCAUGGCAACGGUGCAUGCGACGGAGACGGAACCAGGGCAGGCCACGGCCGGUGUAGCUGUAACCGUGGAUACCAGGGGGAGUUCUGUUUGGACUGCAUCGAUGGGUAUUUUAAUGUGGAGAGAAACGACAGCUUUUCUCUCUGUGCAGAGUGCCACACCUCCUGCAAAACUUGCACAGGAUCGACCAAUCAGGAUUGUGACCAGUGUAAACCUGGAUGGGAGAAGGAUGAGGCGGGGGCCUGUAAUGAUGUAGACGAGUGCUCAAAGGAAUCACCUCCUUGUAAAGAAGACCAGUAUUGUCAAAACACAGAUGGUUCAUAUUCCUGCCAAGCCUGUGAUAAGGCCUGUUCCGGCUGCAGAGGGGCGGGGCCCAGCGGAUGCCUCGCCUGCUCAGACGGAUACGGGGAGGAGGAGGGAACCUGCACAGAUAUCAACGAGUGUGAGCAGCCUGAUCAGGCUUGCCCUGGAGAGAACCGCGAGUGUGUCAACAUCAAGGGCAGUUACAAGUGCAUCUGCUCCAGCAACUUUGAGGAGAAGGACGGAGUCUGUGUCCAAACAGAAGAGCCAGCAUCAGAGGAAAGCCAAGAGGUGCUGGACUCUGAACCAACAGAGAGCACAAUGCCGAAGUUCCCAGAGGAGCAUGAGGACCUAUGAUACCUGAGACUGAUCCGUGGGGCACACCUGUGGGACGGCUAAACAACAGCACCACUACAUCUGGAGGCAUUCACACACAACCCCUAAUGGCUUGAACUAUAUGGCACUUGAUGUACAUAUUCAAUAAACUGCACUAUUGGGAACAACUUUUUUACAUGGGAAAAAUGGACCACCAUUAGGAUACUGCUAUCGGCCCCAGAAGCACUUAUUUUUGUAAAGGACACGCUGGUUAAACCCGAUAAUGGCACAAUAAAUGUUGGUUUUCAUGUCUCGUCCUUAUUUCUCUCAGAUCAUGCUCAGUUUAAAGUUAAUUCAAAUGGACCUUCAGUAUUGAUGAUUAAAAUGUUUAUGAAUUCUG